GAAUCUGUGUGGUCACUCCGUACCUGUUUCCUCCGAUAUCGAAAAAGUCGGCAUCGUCGGAGAGGCGGUUCUCGUUAGAGCUUCCUGGGCUCGGAAGAUGGUGCAUCCAGAUAUCAUGCACUGCUUGUUGGAUUUCAUCCCUGAAAUGAUACUUUACUACUUGCGAGGGUGCGAUAUCAGAAACUCGCACUCCGAGAGCCGGAGAGUUCCCGAUAAGC